AAAAUCGAUCAAAGGGGGCCUGGGCCUUUUUACUGUGAUGUCGUCGUGCCGUUGGGACUCAUUCAAUUCAGUUCAGAUUCUACUUUCGCUCCGAAUAACUUCCAAAUUGUUCCGCAAAAAUUUUGUAAAAAAGAAAUUAGUUUUUUUUUCUUAAAAUAUAAAUUUUGGUGAGCUCGAGUCAAAAAAAAAAUGUGUUCUCCGUGCGGUCCCUGCAGCCCCUGCGAUCCGUGCUGCGGCCCCUUCGAGUGUUCGCCCAAAUGCUACAAUGCCGCCCAGUUGGAGGCACUGCCGCAAUGUGCUCCGCGCAUCCCGCCGCCCUUCCCCAAAUGCAUCACCGUGCAGCAGCCGCCACGCAUGAUCUGCAAGAAGCGGGUCGUGUUCACGGAAAAGAUUGUGCCGGAACCGAUGGUAGUUAACCGCUGCCGGCAGAUUACCAUCCCGAAAGUGGUGGAUGCUACACGGGUCAUCAAGGUACCGAAGCUCAUUUGGGUCUCUCAAAUGGUGCGCGAGCCCAGGGUUAUCUACUACCCAUCCAUGAUCCCCGAUCCCUAUGUGGUGUGCUAUCCUAAGCGCGUCUGCGAGCCGCGGGAGGUCUGCCAGUCCAUUCUGUGUCAACCGAAGCCCCAGACCAUCGAUAUCCCGCCACCCAGGGAGUACUGCUGCUAUCCCAACGGCCCCAUCAACUACAAGCCCAGUGCCGCCUGUCCACCCUGCCCUAUUGGUCCAUGUGCCCCCGGAGGACCCUGCUGCCCGUUGCCCUGCUUCGGCGCCAAUCAGUAUCCCAUCGCAGAAGGUCGAUGCGGACCAUGUGGUCCUUGCGGACCCUGCGGUCCUGGGCGGUGCAGCCCAGGUGCCUGCGGACCCUGUGGGCCUCGCUGUGGUCCCGGCUGCGGUCCGUGCGCCGUGCCCAAUUGUGGGCCCUGCGGCCUCACAAUGCCGUCGGGACCAUUUGUUCCGUCACCGUGCGGACCCUGUUCUCCCGGCGGACCUUGCGGACCGCUUAGCAACUCGCCAGCCGGUGUGUGCGGGCCUUGUUCGCCCCCUUGUCCGUACGAGUCGCCAGAGUGUGGGCCCUGCUAUCCGUGUGCUCCCACUCCGUGGAACACGCACUGCGGCCCCGUCGGACCGUGCGGACCACAAGUGCCCUGCGGUCCGUGUGGCCCCUGUUAGGAUGUGGAUCUGGAUCUCCGUUGUGGACCGAAACUUGUCUAUGCCGACUCCCGCUCAAAUGAUCAUCAUACACUACUAUCCAACGUCCUAUAGUACAGUUAGCUUUGUAAACAUGCAUUGACGACUCAUUGGCUGUAAAUAAAAAUCGGAUUUAAGCGAA